CUGGGAACGGGCCCUCGGGGGACGAACCUGCCCUGGGGGCUGCGUCCAGCAGCUUCCCCCGCAGAGCGCCGCGGCCGGAGAGGGCGGAAAGUCGAACCCUGCCCCGGGUCGUGACUCCCCGCCAGUCGCGGCUCGGCAGUGUGGCGGGAGGCCGCUGGGCCGGCGCACUAACGGGGCUCCCUGGCUCGGGGGCGGCCAGGGCGAGGGCGGGCUCCUGUGGGGCCAGGCGGAGGGCGAGGUGACCGAAGAGUCCGAGAGCCGGGUGUGCAGUUCCGCUGUAGCCUGAGCUCCGCCUCCGUACGCGGGGACACGGCGCGGUCCGACAGCUUCGCUCGCUGUGCAGUGGCCUGGCCGUGAGGCCAGGCUGUCAUGGGCCCUUGUUGCGCCAGCUCAGCUGGGGCGGCUGUCCUGGGUAAUUCGCCCUUAUCGCUGGUCUCCCUCCCGCACAAGCCCUGCGGGCAUCCUUGUCAACCCGCACCCCCUGCAUCCUAGGGGGCACUGCAAAUGCUGUAUUGGUAGCAAGGCAGAGAUGUACAGACGUUCCCCCUGAAGUGAAACUGCUCUUCUGGCCAAACCCUGAGCUCUCGCCCCCUCCCCCAGUCGGUGCAGUUACGCUGGGGGCUCCAGCGCCGGUACAUCUGCAUGUAUUCAGUACCCAUUGAGGUGUUCCUCCAGAUGGAUGGUUAGUACUAGGAUUAUGAUGGGUGUUAGUCUCCCAGAUCAUUUGCAUAUUUUUCAAUUAAGGACAGGCUGCCUCAAAUCCUAACUAGGGUUAUUGAUACUUUGCACCGACAUAAAAAUGAAUUCUUUGAAGAACAUGGAGAGGCAUUGAGGCAGAGAAGAACACUAUAUCCAUCCUCUCUAAGUUAAGGAAUGAGCUGCAAACGGACAAACCAUUGGUUCCCUUGGAUGAUAAACUCCCUGAUGUUCCACUGUGGAAUCAAUACCUAGAAUAUCAACAAAAUUUAUUAGAUGGAAAUGAACAGCCAAGCUGGUUUCAGUCCCCUUGGUUAUAUGUGGAGUGUUACAUGUACCGCCGCAUUCAUGAAGCACUACUUCAUAAUCCUCCUAUUGAUGACUAUGAUGUAUUUAAAGAAGCAAAGGUUCAAAGCUUCUUUGAGUCCCAACAAGCUAUUAUUGCCUUAUGCACUUACUUGCAGGACAUUCUUAAAAACAUUGAGGACCUAGAUGAAAAACAACUUCAGGAAGAAUUUUUUAAGCUGCUGCAGGUUUCAUUGUGGGGGAAUAAGUGCGACCUCUCCAUUUCAGCUGGUGAAGACAACUCUCAGAAAGCCAGUCCUCUAAAAUUGCUGGACAACUUGAAAACUUUCAUCUUAGUGGAUGAUACGGAAAGCAUUUGGUCACUGCUUAUUAACAACAAGAAAAGAAGAACUUCAGAAGAAAUUACUAGAGUUGACAUUGUCCUGGAUAAUGCUGGAUAUGAACUUAUUACUGAUCUAGUACUGGCUGACUUUCUGUUAUCAUCAAAGUUAGCAACUGAAAUCCAUUUCCAUGGAAAGUGUAUUCCAUGGUAUGUAUCGGAUACUACAAAACAAGAUUUUAACUGGACUAUUAAACAGCUGCAGUCCGCUAAUAAUAGGUGGAUGUCUAGGUGUGGGAUGAACUGGGAGGGCAGUAUUAAAAAAGGAGUUUGGGUUUACCAUGAUCACAUGUUUUGGACUCUGCCACAUGAAUUUUGUAGUAUGGCUCAGGUUGCUACUGACUUGUACACUGAGCUGCAGAAGUCACAUUUAAUUAUUUUUAAAGGUGAUCUGAACUACAGGAAACUAACUGGAGAUAGAAAAUGGGAGUUUACUGUUCCAUUUCAUCAAGCCUUAAACAAAUUUCAUCCUGCACCUCUUUGCAGCUUGAGAACACUAAAAUCUGAUGUUCAGGUUGGUCUGAAACCUGGACAAGGUGAACAGCUUGUGACUUCUGAACCUGACUGGAUGAUAUGUGGGAAAUAUGGAGUAGUUCAGUUUGAUGCAUCUUUGUGAUUCAGCUGUGAGGUUGAUAAUUUACCUAGGGAUAGGUUUAAUUUGCACUGUUUCAGAGAGCUGUACUUUUGCUGUUCAAUUUUGGGCUCUUUGUUUACCUGCUUCUGGCAAGUGGCUUGUUACUACUGAUUUACAAAAGAUGUUGUGCAACAGUUCACAAACUUUCCUUUUAACACUCAAGUUAUUAAAUUGUAGAUAUUUUAUGAUCUAAAAUGUCAACGGAUGUUGCAGAUGAACUUGACUUCAAUUGUUCCUAAGAAUACUUUAUUUUUCAGUAAGUAAAGAGAAUUAAUGCUCAGUGGAAGUUACAAUUUAUUUUAGGAACUGGUUCCACCUUGGCAUGCAUUUACUGUUCCAGUACUGUUAGGCAUUUUCAAGUGCCAUAUGUUGCAUGGUAUUUAAUUUUUUUGAAUGCAUGAAUCUAACUUCUGGGUUUUCUGCAUCACUGCAGCAGAGGUCUUAUUUUAAAGCUGUUUGAUUUGUCUCUCUCUCUCUGAGUAUUUUACAUAAAUUGACAGUGUUUUCUCAUCUGUGCGGUCAAUAUGUGCAAAUAAUUCUCUUUAAUAGUUUUUGCCAUUCUGAAAGCUAAGUAGGUGUAGUCAGCAGUGGGUUAAGGAAGGAUCGUUUGGGGUGAGACCAUGAUCCUGUAAAGAAGACUCAGAUGCCCAACGGAGUCAAAGCAGUAAGACACAGGUAUGUCGUGCCAGCUAGCUGUCUGCCAAGUGGGGUAGUCUCCCCCAACCCCCCCCAUGACAAAGUCAGACUCUGAAAUUGGGAGUAAGAGUCCAUCUUUAAAGAUGUUGGAAGAAUUGUUAGAGACAAGCCAGGGGUAUGAUUUCCUCCCCCACUCUGCCCCACUUCUUGCGAACACAUACUCAGUCUUGCUCUCACAGCUAAGUUGUGCCUUUACUGCUGCUACCCUGUGCGACUGCAACUACAGUGCUGUUUAUACUUGCACUAGCACAAUGAGAGCUAGCCAUGAGUAUGUGUAAGUGAGAAGGGAAACCACACCCCUGGUUGUGAGGGAGCAGAUAUCUUGGUAAACUCAUUCAGGAUUUCUGCUUAAUCCUUCUUUGUAGUAGAGAUGGCACAGGUAGCAAUAUGUACAAUUACAUUUGUCUGACUUUCCAUUAAUGAUGCAACCCUAUUUUAGCUGCUUAUAACACUGCAAGAUAGAUCUGUUUCAGCUGAGAUUUCUGUGCUGGGUGUCUGCCUCCUGCUGAUAUUUAUUUAUUUUUAUUUUUUAAAGUUUCAGCAAAAAUGGUUCAGCUUUUCUCAGAACAAGGUUAGGGGAAAAAAUAUUGAGCAUUCUCAACCCAGCAGCCCUAUGCUGGAGAGGAUUUUCCCUAGAGUUCCUCCUCCCAGCAACCAAAUGUUGGGAGCAGGAACUGAGCGCAGUGGUAUUUUCUCUCCUAUGCUUUUGUAGUCCAUGCAGUGAGGUGGUGGCAGUGGUCUUAUUGUAAUAGAGGGGUGAGAAGCUAGGCCUAGGGAAGGGGUAGGGCAGGCGGUCUCAAAUGAGCUGGGUGUAGUGGGGAUGCUGCAUGUAUUGAGGGGGAGGGGACUGGGACAAGGCUA